AUGUUCUGUUGUUCUGUUAGAUACCUUAUUGAAGCAGGAUGGUUACAAGGGCCAAAAUGGUUAAAAUUUCCAGCAGAGGAAUGGCCACAAUCUCAAAUCGUAGCUGAUGAGGAAAGUUUAAAUCAAGAGAGAAGGAAGACGGCCAUGAUUAAUACUAAAAGGGAGGUACCCUGGUACCACAAUAGGUUUUCUUCCUACUCGAAGAUAGUUAGAACGUUUGCCUGGAUGAAACGUUUCAUAGCAAUUGCCAAGAAGCCUAAGUUAGAACGAUUCUAUCAAGAUUUGACUGUCAAGGAAAUAGAACAAGCUGAACUGAUAUUACUAAAAGGCAUACAGCAAGAAGCUUUAGGCUUAAUAAUUAAUCCCGUUCUGAAAUAUCUGUAUCCUCAACUUGAUGAAGAUGGUUUAAUCCGUGUUACUACACGUCUCAUACAACGAGAUUAUACUAUCAGUUUCAAACGGCCAAUAAUAUUGCCCAGCAAACAUCCAGUUGUUCAUUUGCUUAUCUUGAAACACCACAGAAUAUUGAGCCAUGCUGGAGUACAAACGUUAAUGGCUCAACUGAGAGAAAACUUCUGGAUAUUAAGAUGUAGAAAAACUGUUCGUGAAGUUUUGAGAUAUUACAAGAAUUGUAGAAGAUUUGAAGUUUCCAAUGCUGAGGUUCGGAAUGCUUUUUGA